CGGCCCGACGGCUCUGCGGCGUAACCGACAGGCGCACGAGGAGGAAGAUUUAGCGGCGAGCGGCCCGCGUCCAAGAAUAGCCACCCUCCCCAGAUCCAGGGCGCCGGUUCCUCCCCGUCCGCCCUGAAAUCCCCCGCCGGCCUAUCCGCCGCAGGCUCGCUCGCUUGCUUCCCCACCCAAUCCCUCCUUCUUCCUCUCCUCGCAGAGGGAAGAAGAAGAAGAAGCUGAUCAAACCUCUCUCCCCGAAUGGGAGAUUGGUCGAUCCGCCGCCGAUAAGCAGCAGGCGCUCCGCCCGGCAGGUGGACGGGCGCGUUGGUGGCUGGUGGGUGGCCACCUCCUUGGUCGUUGGCUCGAUUCGAUCCCAGCCCAAUAAUUCUAGUUCCCUCGCCGGCGUUCGUCUCGGCGCUUCCGCCGCACGGUUGGUUGGUUGGUUGGAUUAGAAAAUAAGUUCCCCUUCCAUUCCUUCUGUUUCGAUUUGGGAUCGUUAGUUCAUCGGCGCCCCGGCGGUUUCUGGAGCCCAUUCCAUUAUACAACUAGGUCCAUACGGUAUAUACCCAGCAGCAAUUCUUCAGCAUCUGGUUGCCUUCGGCAAAAAUAUAUAGACGUACGCGGCAGGCUCGUGCUAGAGAAUGGAGCACGCGAUGCCGACCAUGACAGCUGAGUCCGACGACGACGUGCACCUCUCUCCGAGCAGCGCCAGCAGCGCUGGAGGCGGGGGUGGUGGCGGUGGCAGCGCCCGCUUCAAGAUACUCUGCAGCUUCGGAGGCCGCAUCAUGCCCCGCCCCACCGACGGCGCCCUCAAGUACAUCGGCGGCGAGACCCGCGUCCUCGCCGUGCCCCGCUCCAUCCGCUUCCGCGAUUUGAAGAAGAAGGUGGAGGAGAUGUUCAAGACGGACGUGGCGGCCAUCAAGUACCAGCUCCUCGCCUCCGACGACCUCGACAUCCUCGUCUCGGUCACCUGCGACGAGGACCUGCUCCACAUGCUCGACGAGUAUGACCGGUUCGAGUCCAAGCGCUCGCCAUCCGCGUCGCCACGCUUCCGCGUCUACGUCUUCGGCCCGCAGCAGACGAGCUCCGUCUCGUCUGUUCCCGCUGUCGCCACAGCCCUCCCCUCGUCCCGCCACGCCCCGGCCUACGUGCGCAGCCAGCCGCUGCAGCAGCUCUACAACCACCACCAGCACCACUUCCAGCCGGAGCGCUACGUGGCGUCUGUGCCCGCCACGCCUGAAGGGAGCCCGCCGUACCCAGACCAGCCGAGCGGCAUAGCCUCGGCGGGCAACUCCCCUCGUGCGGACCAGGCCGUGUUCCGCGGCGGGAUGCAGCGCGUCCGGAGCUCACCCAAUCUCGGCGGCCUGAACGCGGCCCUCAACCAACACGCCGGGGAUGGCGGAGGCCUUUCGGGAUACAUGAGCAGCUCGCCGGGGCACCCCAGCGCCGGCCACCUCUUCUUGCAGGGCAGCGGUUACAGCCAGUACCGCAACCCACCACCGCAGUACUCUCCGGCUCCCGUGCCCGUGCCGCACCACGCCGGCGCCGUAGGGAGGCACGACAUGCGCGGCGGCUACGCGCGCCCGAGCGGCAGCUACAUGGCUGCGCCUAUGGUGCCCACGCUCCGGUCAGGUCGGCCGGUCUCGAGGGGCGGCAGCGAGAUGCGGACGCCGAAGAAGGCGGCGACGAUAUGGGACUGACUGACGGCCGGAGGAGCCUGAUGUUGUGAUUUUGCAGUGGUCGUUGAGGAGGGGGAUUUGGAGGCUGUAAACUUUGCUUGAGAUGUAAAUGUACAUGGAUGCAUCCACGCGGCCUUGUUAGUAGGCCGCUUUGUUGUUGAAAUGUUAUCCAGGCUGAGAAUUUACAAA